UCAUGUGCUGCAGUGUCCAGAGUGAGGUCAUGGGGUCACUGCCUACGGCAGACGCCCAUUGCUGAAGUCUACCAACGCCACACUGUGUGUUGCCCCAUUGGUGUGCCACUUUCAGGUUGCCUCAGCACCGUGAGUGGGUUGCAAUGGUUCUUAGGGUGCUGGCAGAUUACGGGCCACCCAUUGUGCUGACUAUCCAGGCCGUAGAAUCUGUCAUAUGCGUCACCGUACCGCCUCCUCCAUGCUGCUUGCCAGGGCAAGAGUGUGUCAUGGGUCCCUGGUAGGCCUCCCAUUGCUGCUGUCUCCAUCGCCACACUUCUGCCAUGUGCCACUUUCAGGUCUCUCAACAACGCAACUGCUGUGGGUUCCAUUUUGUCAUAGGGUGCUGGCAGAUUACGGGCCUCCCAUUGCUGCUGCCAGGCCCGUAAUCUGCCAUGGGCCCCUGUUACCGCCUCCUCAAUGCUGCUGCCAGAUGACCGUAAUCUGUCAUGGGUCCCUGUAACGGCCUCCCAUUGUGCUGUC